GCAGUGUUUGUUGGUGUUACUGUUUUUGGAGUUUUUGGUAUUGUAAACCACAAUGCAAAUUGUUUGAUCGAUUUGCACGUUUUACUUUAACAUCAAGUACUCUUGUAUAAGCAUUCGUAGUCAUCAUAUUAAAAUGAUGGACGACGCGAUAGAUAUGUCAUUAGAUGACAUAAUAAAACAGAGACAAAUUGGCAAAAACAACCAAGGAAAUAACCGGAAUUACAACCAGGGUGGUAACAAACCCUACAACCAAGGGGGAAACAGAAAUUUCAACCAGGGGAACCAGAAUAGAAACUACAACCAAAAUGGAAAUAACCGGAACUUUCAAGGAAAUAGGAACCAAAAUGGUCAGAUGAAUCAUGGAGAUCAAAACCAUAAUGGUAACCGUAAUAACCAAGGUGGCAUGAACCGGAGUUUCCACGGUAACCAUGGCAACCGAAACUGGAAUCAGGGGAACAUGAACCGUGGACGGUCUCAGUCACGGGCAAGAUCACGCAGCCGCUCGCGAUCUAGAUCUCGUUUCUCCCGCGAAAGCUCCCAAUCUCGCUUCUCCCGCGCCGGCUCACAAGCUCGCUCGCAGCGCUCGCAGUCCCGCGCUCGCUCGAGAUCUCGCCAGCGCUCGAAAUCUCGUUCCCGCUCGCGCUCGAGAUCCACGUUCACGCCGCGAGGUCGCGCCGGGCUAGAUGAGCCGGUUAAUGGAAUUCCUGACCUAGUGCGGGUUGGGAAUUACUCAGGUGGUUUCCAGAACCGAAACAGACAAAACUACAACCGGCAAAACUCUCACUCGAACUACGACUCUGACUUGACCGUUAGCGUAGACAAUAACUUCUCUCGCAGAAACAACUACCUGAAUAAAAACUCGCUCAACCAACUGAACAACCAAUAUAACAAGCAAGGUUUUAAGAAUGGACCUGGUUCUGUUGGAUCAAACAGAUCCAACUACUCAAAUAGAUCGAACCACUCGAAUAAGUCUUUUAAUCACUCGAAUAAGACUUUCAACUCAAACAAGUCGUUCGGUAAUAGACAGAAGCAGCCGUUUGCCAAGCAGAUGUUGGAUCCGGAGCUUCAGAAGCAGAUAGCAGCGAUACAGAAGAAGAUCCCAGGGACUAUAGUGAUUCCUAGCGGAGUUGAUUUUGCACCAACGCCGGCAACAACUUUAAUGACACUUCACGAGAGGUUUGGAUCGUAAGGUUUUUUUCUAAUAAUAAAUCUACCGUGAGACACUGUCAUAUUAGGGACCGGCCACACUUAAGAGACUCAUGUCCUGAGGUGCGGAACGGAUGUCCGCUCCACGCCGCCUGAAUGUAAUU